CCUGUCAGGCAGACCUUAAUCUCAGCAAGAGUACAGUGUACCUCUUCAACAUGCUGCAGCAAUCAAAUAGUUAGAUUUAGAUUCAGGGUAUAAAUAGUUCAGAUUAUAGCUAUAUAUGUGGCAGUCGUACUGAAUAUGAGAUGUUAUUUAGUAAACCUGGAAGGCAACACUCAGGGAGCUCAAUGAUCCAACACACCGGUGCUUUCAGGAUUACAAUAGAAAUAUACUUGCUUGAACUGAAAACUGCAGGUGAGCGCAGGUAAACGCGUCUCAAGACUAACUAACCAUUCAGGUUACAUAUUAGUUUAUCAAAGUCCUUGCAUUAUUGUUAUAAUUAUCAGCAAUCCCUUGGCAACAACAACAUGCGCUACAUUGCGUAAUAUAGUUGGCAGUAACACACUAUUUGUAUGUUGUUGUUGUUAUAAACCUGCCGUAUCUUAUUUCUGAUAAACCCCCAACUGUCUAACAGUUAGUAUGAUUUUUGAUAGAUUUGGAAUAAUGUUUGAUAGAAGUCUGUUUUGACAGUCUCUGGUUUUGGAGGAUUUGUUUUCUCUUCUAUCAGGUCUAGUUCUAUGUGCGGCUGCCCCGUUGCCAUGGUGAAGAAUACUAAAACAACCGUUGAUACCGCAGCGUCAUCAGUCUGCGUGAACACAAUCCCCAACUGAUAAACAAGACGACUUAUUAAAGCUUCAGAUGUGUGAAGGACCUUCAUCCAUAUCUGGGCCAAUCCCCCCGGAUCCUUCUCUGUUUCCUCAGUACUACAAACGACCUGCUUCAGCACGUGGCCGUUUAGAGGGAAACCACAAUGGGACUUUGGCCCUGCUCUCAGGGCCGCUUCUUCCAGAUCCUGUGUUGUACCCUGGCUGCUACAGUGCUCGUACUCCAGCACAUCCUCCCCGUAUCGGCCCUAAUGCCACCCAUAUUCUAGAACGAGGACAGAGAGGGGUAGUGGGGGAACUACUCAAACUAGACGGUGUGUCUAUCACCCCUGUUCCCAAACAGAAACAGCGGGUCCAUGACUUUGGUAAAGAGAAUGUGCGUCGGCUCAGGGAGAUCCAGAGGCGCUGCAAAGAGCAGGAGUCAGAGAGAGCACAGUCUCGUCCGGUUCCAGUCAAAGCUCUUUGGACCUCCUCCAAAUACGAAAACGUCCCAUCCAAGGUGAUGGUCCAGCUACAGGUUUCUAGUCCAACUGCUAAACCACAGUGUCAAACCUUUCUGAAGGCCCACUCAACUGCCCCACCAAAACCGCGCUCCAAAACCUCUCCUGUAGCUUUGCAACGCCCGGCCUCCUGCAACUCCAUACAGGACCACAACUUUCAAUUACAGGUGCAAGGCCAGAUGAUAAAUUUCAUAAAACAUAAUGCCCAGUCUGCAGGAAAAACAGUGCUGCGUCGGUCCCAGUCAUUGACAAACUUUAGAGAUAAGCCUGUGCCCAUGGCAGUCAAGGGACAGGUUCCUCAGUAUCUUGAGGAAAGGAAGGAGCAGUGGCAUAAAGAGGAGGAGGAGAGAAGGAGGAACGCACCUGAUCCUACAGCCCCAGCUGGCCACACCCUGAUGCCUGAGAGUGAGAGACAGGAGACACUGAAGUCCCUCCAAGAGACCCAUCGCUCACUGGUGACUGAGCUGAUGUCACUCCCUCUCAAAGCUGACCAUCUGAGUGUUCGUUCACUUCGGGCUCAUCUUGAUUGUAGGCUUUCUGAAAUCGAGGAGGCCAUUAAAAUAUUCUCCAGGGACAAAGUUUAUGUAAAAAUAGAUUCCUAACAAGCGAGGCAGAGAAAGAAGAGGAGGAGGAGGAGAAGGAGGUGGAGGACGAGGAGGUCCUCUAAAUGUACUGCUUUAUUGAGAUUCAUUUUCAUUUUGUAGUUGCUUUAUGUAUCAUAAUGCUGAACCUUGUAAAAUAGAUGAUUAUUUUAAUGUUAGGAAAGUAUUUGCUUUUUGUAAAUUGAAAACUCUACUAACUGAACUAUUGAGGACACUGAUCAUCAGUUACUUAAAAAGCAAUAUACAUGCUACUGAAUAAUAUGCAUAUGUUUCUCUUGGGAGAAAAACAACCAGAUGGACUGUAAACUUAGCUCUUUAUGUAUCACCUGCUGAGAUGUUAUUUCUUUUGUCUUUGUGUAAAACUGUCUGGUGGUUUGGUAUAAUGAAUAAUGAAAAGUCAUUGUAUAUAUAUAUAUUUUUACAAUCUUGGCUAUUAAAGCGUAUAACGUCGUACAGUGUCAGUAUGUUGCAGACUGCUAAAGAAGUAUUUUUAUUCAUUACAAGUACUACUACUACUUGACAGUAUGUAACAGUCAAAUUCCAACAACAACAAUAACAUAUAAACAAGUUCAAAGAACAAAAAGGAGAUAUAACGUGCAAUGGAAUUAAUUAUGACAUUUAAAAAAUAA